CAUUGAUAACCAUCUCAGCGUCAGGCUCGCUUCCACACUCUCUGAUAACUCGAGCAGAUUCUCCCUCUGAGCAUUCGGACCGACCCACCAUAGAACCUCGAGCGUGAUCGAAGAUGAGAGUUGCUCGUGUCAUCAUGUCGUCGCGAGUCGCUCGGGACUUCUUCUGAGCCACGAACUCACCAGGUACAUGGCACUCUCCGGAAUCUUCCCUCUGGAUUCCAUUCCUGUUCUCUCGCUUCUGAAAUCGACUGCGUGCUCUCGCUGUGAUCUUCUCCCGUGAAUAUGCCGGCGGUGAGCCCUUGAUCCAGCUAAAGGACGGUGCAUCGAGCUGGCAUUCGAUGCUUUUCCACCGGUGUCUGCCCCACGGCGGUCGACGUGGAAGUCGGUGCUCUUGGUCGCAACAUGCACCCUUGCGAUGAUCACGAAUCUUGCCUCCUCCUCUGCCGUGUCUUCGUUCCUCCCGGUCAUCGCGCGAGAUCUCCACAUACCCGAAAGCCAGCUCCAAUGGCUGGUCUCCGCGUUCUCUCUGUCCUCUGGCUGCCUCCUGCUUCUACUCGGUCGACUUGCCGAUCUCUGGGGCCGGAAGCGAUUCUUCGUCAUUGGCACCUCCUGGCUCGCCGUAUUCUCACUUGGAUGUGGCUUUGCGCGGGAUUCGACGACGCUCUACAUUCUCCGGGGUCUGCAGGGCAUCGGCCCCGCGGCCUUCCUUCCCGCCUGCGUGGGCAUCCUGGCACAUGCUUUUCCCGAAUCAGGUGCACGCAACAUUGCCUUUGCUACUUUCUCGGCUGGGGCGCCUAUGAGUGGCGCUGUCGGAACGCAGAUCAGCGCGUUGCUCGCCCAGAAGACACCCGCAUCUUGGCGCGCUCCGUUCUAUUUUCUCGCCGGGCUUUCCGCUCUUUGUGCUCUAGGCGGACUGCUCGCUAUCGACGACGACGUCCCGAGUCUAGAAAUGGAUAAACGGGUAGACUGGAUCGGCGCGUUUCUAGUGACGACGGGGCUCGUACUCUUGUUGUUCGUCCUCGGGCAAGGUCAGCUCGCGUCACAGGGCUGGAAGACUCCAUACAUCCUCGCACUUCUAUUUGUCGGGCUCUUGGCCAUUGGUCUCUUUCUCGCAUGGCAGCACUAUCUAGAGCAGAACUCCGAGCGGAGCACACGUCUGCCUCCGCCGUUGAUGAAGCUCUCGUUGUGGUCCCGCGCGAACGGCAAAUUCGCUGUUAUGCAAGUCAUCGCGUUUUUUGAAUGGGCCGGAUUCUUGACGUGGUUCUUCUGGUCCCAGGUCUAUUACGAAGACUACGUGAAGCUCACUCCGAUCUUGACUGCACUGCGAAUGUUGCCGAUGAGCAUCGCUGGAUUCCUGUGCAAUUUUUUCGUGGUGUUUCUCGUCAGCCGGGUCGAUCUGGUCUACCUCGUCGUCUUCGGCACGACGUUCACUGGAAUCGCAGGCUUACUGAUGGCGCUAAUCCAUCCGGGCGCACCGUACUGGACCUACGGCUUCCCAUCGCCAAUCGUCUCUGUGUUCGGCGGUGACUUCGUCUUCGCUGCGGGGACCCUGUUCAUCGCCAAGAUAUCGCUCCCGCACGAACAGAGCCUGUCCGGCGGGAUCUUCCAGACACUGAUGCAGCUGGGAACCGCAUUUGGACUGGCGAUAUCGACCAUUGUGCUGACAUCUGUGAGUGGGGGCCGAAGCGCGGGAAUGGGCGCCCCGCUUGAAGCAUAUCACGCGGCACAAUGGACCGCUUUCGGCAUGGCAAUAGGGUGCUCCGUGUUGGCCAUCGUCUUUCUGCGGGGAGUGAAACCUGUUGGCAUUCCGGCUGAAGCUGAUGUACCUGAGGAAUCAAGCGUCGAUGAGUCGGUGAAGUCGUAGCUUUGUCUUACAGAACAUAGCCACUGGUGUUGAUUGAUACGUGAAAUGAUUGACUGCUGCCCUUGACUGUCCAUACUGAA